AUGGCUCACACGGGUGGCUUCCUGAACGAGAGCUACUACGCCAAGCUACCGUUUACACGCGGUAAACGUGUAGACUGCAUAUACGAGCGACGAGUCAAGGAGGAGUUUGACCCCGACCAAGCCAUUGGCCCUUACGACGGCCGCUCUAUAAACGGACACGCACGAGACCUGGCGCACACCAACAGCCCCGGUAUGAACCAUCUCGUGCGACAGGUCGAGGCAACUUUUGGCCCCGAUGCCUUUGAGAGCCGGCUGGGUCACGUCGUUUGGCUCGACCGCCAUGUCCAACAUGCCACAGCCCCCGCGGUCAACGGCAUCGACCGCCCGGGAGCUCUCAACGUCAACCUCACCGACUGGGGUUCAUAUGAGCCGGCCGCCGCCAAACGUGCCAUUGAAUCCAGGAGAAGGCGAUUGACGUUACCGUCGAGUGUCUGGGCGUGGAGGUCAUACCUCGAGCACCUCCCGCGAUUCUCUGCUUUGUUGCCCCUUCAGCAAAACAGAGUCAUCGCCUACCUCACCGCCGCACGAUACCCCGGCGGCGAGGACGGCCAUCUUCCCGCGAAGGUGAGGGCGGCAAGGGAGGCGUACCCAAUUCCCAGCGGUACCUUCGCCGUAAACAUGCCCAACCCGUUCUUCGUGUUUAAUUCAAGCCCUUUCAACAAUGACGCCGACUCAUACUUCCUUCUCGGCGACAUCAUGGAAUACGACAACAUCGUGGACGACUUCAGGAACCUCAUGGGCAUCAACCAUGCGACGAUGGCCACCCUCGUCCACCGCGUCCCCGACGAGAAGUGCACCCUGCCCGUCCUUCUCCGUGUGCGCUUUGGUGAGCUGGACCCCCACCAGCCGACUCUGCGCGCGCUGGUCAUGAACUACCAAAAGUCCACGCGCGCCUUCCGCCAGCCCGGCACACCCGUUGUCCUUGCGUCCACCCCACUCCCCUUCGUGAAGGACUCUGGGUCGGCUGUUGUGGCCCUCUCCGAGCUGAUGCUUCUUACGCAUCUCUCGAAAAGUCAGCUCGUUUGGUUGUUCAACUCGCCGGUGCUGGACGGCCACGACUUCCGCUCGCUCGGUGGAUUGCGCGCGCUGGUCUGCAUUGCCCAGUCAUACCGGUUCGCCAAGACACAUACCCCCACCGCAAAGUGGUUCCCAUCCGUGCGGUACACUCGUGGUGGCAGCGGAGCGGCUGUCGGCCAUUCACAAUGGUUUCUGGCCGACCUCCUCCCCAGUCACCUCGGCCUCGCGAGGUUGGGUACAGUAGGAGCGAAAACCCACUCCACGGACCCCAAGCUCAGCGCAGUGAAGGCGGUCGCCGCAACCCUUGCUCGACAGCAUGGAGUUGAGGACUGCUUUUCCGCUAUCACUCUGGACCUCGCGACCUGGAACCUCUAUGUGUACCAGGUCUUCGGCCUCGUGUACGCUGAAACCCGGGAGAAGGACAACGCCACCGUGGCGCCUCACUUCCACGACAUCGUCAGCGACUUCGAGAGGCUCACCCUGACGCGUCUUCUCGACAGUGACCAGCGCCAGCUGCGCACGUCACCUCGCGAGGCGGAUAUGGCGUUGCUGCGCCUUUGCUACAUUCUGUUUGGUGGAUUUGACGACCCUGUCUUUCCGCUUCUACAGGUCGUGUUGCCACACGUGGCUCUGCGCCAAUUCCUGCAAUCACACUGGGCCUUCUUUGCGCGCACCAAGCGCACGCGCCGCGCCCUCGACCAGCUGCUCGGACAGCUGCCAUCGUCGUCGGUCACCCUCGUCAACGACCCGCUCAAAAUCGAGGGCGUUGCAGAGCUGAUCGUUCUUUACAACAAACUCCACGCCUGGAGGAAGGCCGAGAUGGCCGAGAUGGCGAUGGCCGCGGCCGCUGCGUCAAAGCCCAGGGGCAGCAGCCAGCCAGCCGGCACCGUCGACAAGGACCCCAAGAAGGCCAAGCCUUACGACAAGAAGCCGUCGCAGUCCUCGCAGAGCGCUGUCCACAAGUCUUCGCACGGCCCCAUCGACGACGAAGAGGAAGAGGAGGAGGACUGUCCUGUGACGUGGACGGUGAACGCGAUUGUCAUUGGCGGUGGCGAUGUUUGCUUUGUUUGCCAAGGUGGGCCCAUUUUGUACGAUUCCUGCAUUUACUGA